AUGCCUAAAUCAGAAGAUACUAAAAGUACUGCAUCAGUUUAUUCAUCAGAUAAAAAAAUUAAAGUAGAUGAUAAUGAAAACACCGAAGUAGUUGAAGCAAAAUUUGAAAAAUUAGAAAAACAAACUUCAAAAGAUAAUUCAUUACUUGAAAAAUUAUCAAUCACUCCAUACGAUUUAGAAGAAAGUUCAAAUACUACAAAUCCAUUUUUAGACCCAAAAGUUGCUCAAUAUUAUAAAGAAUAUUACGAAAAAACAAAAUAUGAAUGUAGAUCUCAUUUUGAUCCACAUUUUACUUGGACUGAAGAAGAAGAAAAAAAAGUAGUCAGAAUCUUAAAUGUCAGAGUCGCUUUCGCUGCUUGUUUGAUGUUUGUUGCUUUACAAGUAGAUCGUGGUAAUAUUCAACAAGCUGUUACUGAUAAUAUGUUAGGUGAUUUAGGUUUAACAACUGAUGACUAUAAUUUAGGUAAUACUUUAUUUUAUGUAUCAUUUUUGGUUGCAGAAAUACCUUCUCAAAUGAUUUCAAAAAGAUUAGGUCCAGAUAUUUUUAUACCAAUUCAAAUUUGCGCCUGGAGUAUUGUUGCUAUGUCUCAAGCUGCAUUGAAAAAUAAAGUUGGUUUUCUUAUCACAAGAUGUUUAAUAGGUGCUAUUGAAGGUGGAUUUAUUGCUGAUUUAGUUUUAUGGUUAUCAUAUUUUUUCACUUCAAAAGAAUUACCAAUUAGGUUAUCAUGGUUCUGGACAACAUUAACUGUUACACAAAUUAUUAUUGCAUUAAUGGCUUUUGGUAUUUUGAGAUUAAGAGGAGUAUUUGGAUGGCCAGGUUGGGCACAUUUGUUUUUAUGGGAAGGAUUAAUUACAUUCUUGAUUGGUGUUGGUUCAUUUUACAUGAUGGUCCCAUCAGCUGUUCAAACUAGAAAUAAAUUUCAUCCAAAAGGUUGGUUUACAGAAAGACAAGAAAAAAUUGUAGUAAAUAGAGUCUUAAGAGAUGAUCCAACUAAAGGUUCAAUGCAUAAUAGACAAGCUAUUUCAUUUAAAUCACUUUGGAGUUGUUUUAUUGAUUAUGAUUUAUGGCCAUUAUAUGCAAUUGGUGCUAUAGCAUAUAUUGGACAAUUUACUUUUGGAUCAUAUUUUGCUUUAAUGACAAGAGAAUUAGGUUUCAACACAUUUGAUACUAACGUUUUAACUAUUCCAUCACUGGUUAUUCAUUGUUUAUCAUUAGUAGCAAUUACUUGGUUAUCUGAAAAAGUCAAUGACAGAUCUUAUGUUGCAUUAAUCUCACCAAUUUAUUGUUCGAUAAUGUUAGCUGCAAUUAGAUUUUGGCCAGGUGCAGGUAUUGAAGUUUGGCCAUCUUACAUUUUGAACACAAUUUAUACUGGUCAUCCAUUUUUACAUGCUAUAGUUGUUAGUUGGGUAUCAAGAAACUCAAAUAGUGUAAGAACUAGAUCAAUUUGUUCUGCUAUCUAUAACAUGUUUGUUCAAUUGGAUGCUAUUAUUGCACAAAACAUAUUUAGAGAAGAUGAUAGACCAUUAUAUAAAAGAGGAUUGUUACAAUUAUGGUGUAUUGCAUUAGCUGUUAUUCCAAUUUUAUUAUUUACCAAAUUUUAUUAUAAAUGGAGAAAUGCUAGUAAAGCCAAGAUUUGGGAUGCUAUGAGUGAUGAAAAUAAGGAUAUUUACAGAAGAACUACUAAAGAUAAAGGAAACAAAAGAUUAGAUUUUAGAUUUACUCACUAG